AUGUUCAGCUUUCGCCGCAAGCCCCGCAAACCAGACUCCGGUGGCUCUCCUUUCAUUCGCACCUCUCCUUCUCUACCCGAACUCCACACGCAAGGAAUACCAUGGCCCGAGAAUCUGGUAGAUCUGUCCUCGCUCCCGCAGAGUGAUGCCCCGCAAGUUCGUCCACAAGGUGCGGCGAAAACUAUCUUUCCCACACAAGGGGUCGGUCCCAUCGCAUUCCAUAAACCCUGGUCGUCCCCAGAGAAACCUCCAGGUCGGAUUAUCUCAGAAUUCUUCACCUCACGUCUUCCACCGCCAUCCGCGUUCGAGACCCGCAAGCAGCCUGUCCAUCUUCGAGCGAAGCUUAGCCAACGCAAAGCGCGCAGCCCGACGACGUUCAAUGUUAUGGUCGUCGGGGCGCAAGGCACUGGGAAGACCUCAUUGUUGCGACUCCUCCUGGACACUGCAGAUAUAUCUCCCACAGCCACGGCGGAUCAAAAGGCUGCCGUUGAGCGUUUUCUACGUGGCGCUCCGAGGCGUACAGACUCGAUCCAGUCCGCGUGCGUGGAGAUCUGCGAGUCGAGAUAUGACCGCAUACUCCUGUCCGUGAUCGACACGCCUGGCCUUGACUUCCAGGAGAGCCACGAGCUCAGGCUGGAGCGGCAGGUUACCGCCAUCGUGAAGUACUUGGAUGCGCAGUUCACAGAUACCCUGAAUGAGGAAACCAAGGUUGUGCGUCAAAACAAAGGGGAUCAGCAUGUUCAUCUAUGUAUCUACAUGAUUGAUCCUAAAUCCAUCAUGAGCACCUCUCUCAGACGCGCGCGCUCUUCCCUUCCUGCAAAGACGCCAUCCGCGAUUGUCGUCAACCACUCUCCCGAUCUCUCUUCCUUCUCCGACGACACCACGUCGGACGAAACGAACGAAGAAAUUGCGGGAGAACUGACCAUGUCCCCUGCCGACAUACGCGUGAUACGACGCCUGGGCAAUCGCGCCAAUGUCCUGCCCGUCAUCGCGCGUGCGGAUUCGCUGACGGACGAAACCCUCGCAGACGUGAAGCGCGUUGUGAGGCGCGAUUUACACAAUGCAGGGCUCGACUUUGGGGUCUUCGGACCGGCUGCGGACGAUGGCAAGCGCACUGAGGAGGCGGACACGAACGGCAACGGCACUGAGUCCACAGUGGCGCCUGAGAACGCGGCCGAGAACGACACUGAAAGCGAGCCCCAGGUGGAGCGCCGCUCGCGAUCGGUGAUCAAGCUGCGCGCGCCUAAGGUCUCGGUCAGCCGCCGUUCGUCGCGCUCUCGUUCGCGCAUGAGCCUGUCCGAGCUCGCGGCGGCAGAGCGCGCGGAGCUGGACACCAUGGAUGCGGAGAGCGUUGCGAACGUGCGCUUCUCGGCCGGCGUCGUCGCGAAGGCUGACCUCAGCGAGAGCCUCCCGUUCGCGCUUAUUAGCCCCGAGCAGGUCAGGCGACGCCGCCCGCUCAAGCCGAGCAUAUCGAUAGACAAUACUAGGCAAUCGUUCCACAGUGCGGCGCUCCCGUCGGAGGACGGACACGCGCCGUCGGUCGCAGACGCGGCGCACAUGUCGCCAACCACUCCGCCCACCCCGUCUUCGCGCAGUUUCCCCUACCUCACGGGCCCGCCUGCUGAUUUGCGCGGCGUGUUUGUGCGGAAGUUCCGGUGGGGUGCGGUGGACGUGCUCAACCCCGAGCACUGCGACUUCGCUGCCAUGCGGACCGCGGUAUUGUCGACGCAUAUGAAGAUGCUCAAAAUCCGCACGAGAGAGGUGUUGUACGAGAAAUUCAGGACGGAGAAGUUGCUCGCCAAGCGCGCAACUCGCAACAUCGGGGAAACCGAAACGCGCAAACUGCUCGAAGACCUCGGGUUGUGAUGAUACCCGCUUUUCGCAUAUUUCCAUGUUUCGGUCUUUAUCUAACGUCGAAAAAAGUCGCACUGUUUCCAGCUGAGUUCCCCCUUGCUUUCUGUGCAUCUAACAUUAUACCUCCUUAUGUUGUACCUAUCUGGCCUCCAUGUUUCUGACUC